AAUGUAGCCGUUGAAUUGGGCAACGGCUCUAUUGUUUCCUUAUUAAACUAUCCGUUACACUUUUGAACUCAUAAAACACCCUUCACUUCUUCUUCUUCUUCAACAAACACACAGACAUAACUUACCUUGCUACAUUUCGUGCUUGAAAUCUUAGGGAAUCGAAAAUGAACGAUCUAAUGACCAAGUCAUUCACGAGCUACGUGGAUCUGAAGAAAGCGGCAAUGAAAGACGAAUUGGACUUGGAAGCAGGGCAGGGAGUGGAGCUGAGCUCUUCCACCACUCACAUGGACACGGACAUGGGCCUGUUCUUGGAGGAAGCCGAGAAGGUGAAGACCGAGAUGGCGAGCCUCCGCGAGAUACUCGAGAGGCUCCAACAGGCCAACGAAGAGGGCAAAUCACUCCACAAGCCCGACGCUCUCAAAUCUCUAAGGACAAGAAUCAAUUCCGACAUUGUCACGCUUCUCAAGAAGGCCCGGGCCAUUCGAGCCCAUCUGGAAGACAUGGACAAAGCCAACUCCGCAAACAGGAGGCUCUCGGGACUCAAGGACGGGACCACAACCGCCAUCUACCGCACUCGGAUCGCGGUGACGAACGGGCUCCGGAAGAAGCUGAAGGAGCUGAUGAUGGAGUUCCAGGGGCUGAGGCAGAGGAUGAUGACAGAGUACAAGGAGACUGUUGGAAGAAGGUACUUCACGGUGACGGGUGAGUACCCGGACGAAGAGGUGAUCGAGAAGAUAAUUUCGAAUGGCGAAGAAGAGGAGUUCUUGGGGAAGGCGAUUGGGGAGCAUGGGAGGGGGAAAGUGAUGGAAACGGUGGUUGAGAUUCAGGACAGGCACGAUGCGGCGAAAGAGAUCGAGAAGAGCUUGCUUGAGUUGCAUCAGGUUUUCUUGGACAUGGCGGUUAUGGUGGAGGCUCAAGGGGAGAAGAUGGAUGACAUUGAGCACCACGUGAUCCAUGCUUCUCACUACGUUAAGGAUGCUAACAAAGAACUUGUGAGCGCUAACAAGUACCAGAGGAACAGUAGGAAGUGGCUCUGCAUUGGGAUCAUCAUUCUUCUCAUCCUCAUCCUUGUUAUUGUCAUUCCCAUCGCCACCAGUUUCAGUAGCUCUUGAAGGGAUCCACAUUUCUCAUGACUCUUGGUUUCUAGUUGCUGCAGAGUUGUACCCUACGACUCUCCUCCUUGUUUUCUGCCAUUUGUUCAAGAGUUAAAUUAGUCAUGUAUUGUGCUCAUAUUAAAUUGUUGAAUGCUACCAACUAUGUUCUUAGAUUCUUAAAUUGUUACUACUUUGCUGGUCUUUUAGAUUCUUAAGCUGAUAUUGUUUUUGUCCUAAUUCAAAGAAUUCUUUGGGACAAGAUACAGAAAUUGAGCUGAAAAAAGAGUACACAAACAUUUCCAACUGAUAUGCAAAUUUUUGGUAAGUUUUGGGGGAGAAGAAUUCAUAGAUAGAUACGUAUAGAAAAUUACUGUGUCUUCUAAAGUAGGCCUUGUGUCUGUUCUGGUGCAUAUUCAAAAUAGUGUGAAUUGAAAGGCUUGCCUUGCCUAUUGAAACAAUGUUA